AUGCCCGACCGUUUGGAGGACCUUCAGACGGAGCUGCGCGCCCAAUUCGGUGACUUUUCUGGAGGUGUUUUUUUGGAUGGAGAGGGUUUGGUGGAUCUGGAAGACUAUAAUGACUGGGUCCUUGAACCCCCAGCACUCGAAUGCUUGGAGGUCCAGCUCUCGGUACCGAAGAUCGAAUUCCUCGCCAUGGCCGUCUCUAGGCAGGCCGAUGGCCAGCAAAGUAGGCCCGGGCCCAGGCUCGAGCUCUUGGGCCACGGGGGCUUCGGAGCGGUCUUCCGUGUGGAUGGCAUGUAUGCCCUGAAGGUUCCUGGGGUUCUCCGCGGCGGCAAAAUGGUCAUUCCGACCGACGAGCAGCUGACAGGGCUGACCCCAGAGGAGCGGGAAUACUAUCGGAAGUACAGUCUGCCCAUGCUGCAGCACGAACUUCACCUGCUCGGAAAGCUCAAGCAUCCCAACAUCGUCGGGUUGAUGGAUUCCGUAGAUGUGGUCUGUCAGAGUGGCGGCCGAUUUUCGGGCUUCGUCAUGGAACUGGGCCUUGCCUCGCUGGAGAUGAUGCGUGUCAAGACCAACAGCAAGACCUUCCACGCGAUCUGCGGAGAGGCGCUGCUGGGGGCGCACUGCUCGCGGGUAGGCCAGGACCCCGGCAUCUUCGGAGCACUCAAGUACCUGCAUGCCUAUCAUCUGCGGAUCCAUGGAGACAUUAGUCCCGGAAACAUCGUGUCCAUGAGGUGGAACCCGGCGGAGCCGCAAGACAUGUUAUUGAAAUUGAUCGAUUUUGGAGGCACCGCGGUCAUCGAGCAAGAGACGCGGAAGUGCGGGACCAAGGGCUACUAUGAUGAGAAGCCAGGACAGUCUGCGGAUACCUUCAUGGAUUUCAGAGCACUGGGUAAAGUCGUUUACAAAGUCCUCAAGGAGUCAGACUUUGAGAUGACCCAGGCUAUCUGUUGCCUUCCUGCUGGUCGUGGCAAGUGGGCGUGGAUUUCUGAACUUGAGACCUGGCAAGCAGAAGCCGAUUGGGCUGACAUUACGCAGGUUUUUCUCCCAGGGACGCGCGUACGAUGCCAGGACGGAAGCACUCUCUUCAGCCAGCUUCCUGGUCUUCUCGGGGGUUUCAAAGACGUGGUGCUGGCUGCGGUGAAAAGGUGUGGGAGAGAAAUCUGGAAAGCCAGCAGGAGGCUCCGGAACGACAAGGAGGUCGUGCUGGCUGCGGUUCGCCAGAAUGGGCAGGCCCUCCAGUAUGUCGGCACAGAGCUCCGGAACGAGAGGGAGGUCGUGCUGGCUGCGGUGCGCCAGGACCGGCGGGCCCUCCAGUAUGCCGGCGAAGAGCUCCGGAACGACAAGGAGGUCGUGCUGGCUGCGGCCAUGCACCUCCCCGAUGCCUCGCGACCCUACGGACCGGCUUUGGCGGCGUGCGACCUGGCCCUGGCCCAGCGCCGACGACCGACGAAUCGAGCUGCAGGCAAUGAGUGCCAACUGCUGCUGCUCAUAUACAUGGCUACAUGGCUGAUUCAUCAUGGUGCUUCCUUCAUCUUCAUUCACUUUCGCCAGAUUUCGCCAGGCAUGGCUGGCGCAGUGGCUGGCGCUGCUGGCCUCUCCAGUCAAGGCAGUCCGGCUGUGCUUCGCCGUUUGGAGUUGAAGCCGAGCGGCUGCGAGCUCUGCGAGAUUUCUGGGAUCCUAUAG